AAAGAAAAACUAUAAUAACAAUAUACAAUAUAAAAUAAUGUCUCUCUCUCUGUCUCUCUCUCUCUCUCUCUCAGGUUGUCGAGUCACUUCCUCUCCAUCUGUGCUCUGUAAGUAUCACACUGUGUUUUGUGAGCUCCUGUGGUCAGCUGACUCGUGCAUUGCCAAGACAGAGACACUCAUACUGAAACAAGUGUAUAGUCUGAACACACUGCGAGUCGCUUUAGUUAAAAGCAUCUGUACAAUGUGUGCGGUGGUGUUUUGCAUUAGUAAGUGACACCUGGUGUGAAUGUGUUACAGAUCAGCAGGGUUAGUAGGAAAUGUGCAGCGCCAGUAACACACACACACACACACACACACAUUUUAACACCCUCAGCACUGCUGUGUCAGGAGCACACAUGCCUGAGUGUGAUGGGUGGAGUCAAGAGAAUCUGGCGGGUGGGGCUAGAACAUUCGGUGGGUGUAGCUAUGGAUUUUUAUUGGUGGUCUUGUGUGUGAAAGAACUGGAAAAUCUUAGUGCUGCUUACUGAUGUUAUAGGCUGUUCUGGGUGGUUGCUAGGGUGUUGCUAUGCAGAUACACUCUGAAGUUGUAUAGGGUUGUGAUUUGAACAAACCGCUAUCUGUGUAUGAGCAAUAAUAAUGAUGCUUCACUUGGCAAACACCAGAAAUAAAGUUUUUAAGUUUUUUGACAGAUAGCAUGAGAAAGUGAGAGAGAGAGAGAGAGAGAGAGAGAGAGAGAGAGAGAGAGAUAUUCCUCACUGAAGUGAUCUGUUUUAAUCAUGUUCACAUGAUGACAGUGAAUUAGUGGGAGUGAAAGAAGGACAGAAACAGAAGUGAAGACGAGUAUCAGUGUGUAGAGAUGAGACUUCCUCUUUUACAGAGAAACGUUUAAAACAGAUCACAGAGCUGAAGAAGUGUUUUUCUGCUCAUCACAAACGCUGGUAUGCUGGUGAUCAGGUUUGUUGUCGUUCUUCUGUGUGUGUCUCUGGUCUGUUCUGAGAUCAGAAGUUUGAAUGAUCAAUGGAUUACCUGGAAAUCACAACACAACAAGACCUACAGAAACACAAGAGAUGAGUUGUACAGGAGAGCAGUGUGGGAGCAGAACUUUCUGUAUGUACUGAAACAUAAUGAGGAAACGGCCGUCAGUCUUCACACGUACACUCUGGGACUUAACCAUCUCAGCGACAAGACCACAGAUGAAGUCAAUCUUUUACUGAACGGUUUGAUGGAGGAAGAUUUUCCUGAUGUCAACGUGUCAUUCACCCCACCGACACACCCUCAACUGCCCCUCCCACCCAGAGUGAACUGGACCGAGCACGGCAUGGUCAGCCCUGUCCAGAAUCAGGGCCCAUGUGGUUCCUGCUGGGCGUUCAGUGCUGCUGGCGCUCUUGAGGGUCAGAUGAAGAGGAGAACCGGCGUUCUGGUUCCGUUGAGUCCUCAGAAUCUGAUGGACUGCAGUGUGAGUUUGGGGAACCGCGGUUGUAAAGGGGGAUAUCUGAGCCGUGCAUUUCUAUACGUCAUCCAGAACAAAGGCAUCGACUCCAACAGCUACUACCCGUAUGAACACAAGCAGGGCGAAUGUCGAUACUCUGUCACUGGAAAAGCGGGAUACUGCUCAGGAUUCCAGAUCGUUCAGCGUCACAAUGAGGCCGCGCUGCAGCACGCUGUCGCUAACAUUGGACCUGUGUCUGUCGGUAUAAACGCAAAACUUGCCUCCUUCCAAAGAUACAGAAGCGGUAUUUAUAAUGACCCGAAGUGCAGUACUAGGCUGGUCAAUCAUGCGGUUUUAGUGGUCGGUUACGGGUCAGAAAAUGGACAAGAUUACUGGCUGGUGAAAAACAGCUGGGGUACAGCUUGGGGUGAAAAGGGUUUUAUCCGCAUGGCACGAAAUAAAAAUCAGUGUGGAAUAUCCAGCUUUGCCAUUUACCCCACAAUCUAAUCUGAUCUGAUCUGAUGUUUCGUCUGUGUUCAGAAUAGUAUCCUAAUAUACUACUCUUCAUGUUUAAUCAAAUUUUAUGUAAAAAUGUCGAAACAUUUGGCAGUCCAAUUAAGUAAUGUGUCAAUAAGAUGUUAGAAAUCACUUCUGAUAUUAUUUCCGGUUCAUUCAUCAAUGUAGCGGGUCAUCCGGGUAUUCCAUGCAUACAGAAAUUCCACAGUAUACAUACUAUAUUCUGCAGAAAUAGAAAUGAUAUUUUAUUGCCAAAGACCUCAUGAAAUGGUUUUAUGA